AUGGCUUCCAUCAUCUCCGGACCGGCCUUGCCACCCUCUAAAAUUAGCAGCUGUCGCGCAACUAGUGUGCUAGCCAUACGAUGGCAAAACCACCCUGUCUGCUUCAAGAAGCCUACCACCUCCAUCCCUGGCGUCCUAGCAACACCGGGACCAGGGAGACCGUCUGAUGCCAGCGCCGACAAGCUCGUCGCCCGUCAAGUGCAGCAGCCCUGGGCCGGCGCCGUGCAGGAAGGCCGAGGCUUCAGCUACGUCACCGGGACGGUAAGAGUGUCCUGGAUCGCCGGGCAGCCCUCCAACUCGGCCAUAUCGGCGUGGGUCGGCAUCGACGGGCUCAGCUGCCAGAACGCCAUCCUCCAAACGGGCCUUAGCUUCUACGGCAACGGCGCCGUCGUCCCGUGGUCCGAAUGGUGGCCGGCCCCGUCGUACCAGUACGCGAAUCCUCCGUUCCGCGCCUCUGCCGGCGACGAGGUCCGAAUGACUGUCCACGCGUGGUCGGCCACCUCGGGCAACUCGACGUUGGAGAACCUCACGACGGGACAAAUGGUCGUGCAGGAGUUUUACAAUCAGAGGCCGCUUUGCAACACCGACGCCGACUUUGUGCUGGAGGAAUUUGGCGACUACACCGGUGGGCAUGUGCCGCUCGCGAAUUUCGGCGAGAUUGACAUUUCGAAUACGUGGGCGUAUGGGAGCAAUGGGUGGGUGAAUGCCGAGGGGGCGAGGAUUGUGAACUUUGGAGAUCGGUAA